AUGAUGCGCCAGUUCCUACAUCAGAAAGACAUGUCGGAGUAUUGCAAAAGACGCGUGAUACCCUCGGUAUUUCUUGGUACGCAUGUGGCGGAGGCGCAUUCUAAAUUACUUCACUUCACAAAUCUGGAUAUACCCUACAGUUGCUUUGUUAGCAUUAGGAGCGAGUUAGGGAGCAAUGUGAUCUUAGUCGUCCAAUUAUUGUCAGAAGAUAGCCUCAUUAAGGGAUGCAAAGCCAAUCCUAAUCAGUUGUUGGUUUACGAAAUGGGAGAGACCUUCGGAGGGUAUUGGGGCCCCCUGCCAGAGUCUAUGUUGCUGCCUUCCUCAACGGUUUCCAAGGCCUACCAGAAUACAAACACGAUGCCAUCGUCACCUACACAAAUAUUAACUGAUACUAAUGAAGAAACAACUACAGUUUUAACCACUGAAAAUAUUAAGACUAUUAGCUCGGAAGAACAUUUCAUUGAAGUGGAAUUGCCAAUAUUUAACUUGUCUGGAAAUUUCGACAAAUUUCUGGGACAGGGUGAGGGGCGUAUGAAAGUAGAGGACAUUUUCGAUAUAUUGUACGAUGUCACUCCUAGAUCUGCUGAAGGCUAUCAAACCACUGAAAUACCGAUGCUUCAGUUUUCUAUCGCACAAAAUAUAAAUGGUCGCCGCUACAGCUCGGAAAAUCGUUACAAUUUGGAGUAUGGUAGUGACUUUUUGAGUUCUCAUACAAAUCAUAGCACAAAGUAUGUAACCAGUGCGCAUCAUAGGUUAACAUUUCCCUACUUUCCUCUACAAAUAACAGUGAUGAGGAGAACUACAAGCAAAAAAUAUGAAAAAAUCCAAUCUCUUAGAAGACAAAAAUCUUAUUAUUCAGUGGCAAGAAAACCAAAGUACAUUAAUGGUGAAUGGAUUUUGGCAAAUAACGAUACGAAGGUUGCUACUGAAAAAAUAUGGGAUGAAAUAGAUGAGAUCUUGAAGAGAUUAAAUGAAACCACUAUAAGAAACGAUAAAUCUACAAACGAGAGUGAUAACAUAACGAAAAUACUGGAAUCUAUUUCUAAACUCAACCUUAAUUACAGUGCAUAUUUACAUCCUGAUUGGAAUACAAAUGGCAAUAAUAUUAAUUAUACAAGAAAUGUUGCAAAUAAAUAUGAUUUUGGGUUAUUUACAAGAAAAAGUUUACCACAUCUAACUUUAGCGACUCGAAAUAUUCACCAAACAUUGAAAUCUACGCUGUUCUUCAAUUUGGCAACCGAGUCUUCUGCAUCAUCAACUGUUAUCAGUAAAACUAGAUUUAACUUAAAGUUGGCUAAAAAUGUAUCAGAUAUGACCACAGAACUUAUUAAGGAAACAGUGGAAAAUAUUAUGAGCAAUAUAACAUAUCAUCAUUUGAUAAGUAACAAUAGUAUUAAUGACAGCUUAGAUCACUUAAGUCAAACACAGAACACGGCUAACGUACAACUAACUCCGAGUUUCAAUAGCACAAUGGCUAGUGUGUCUACGCAAACCCAUAUUGAAGAAAAUACUAAUAUAACAACACCUUUUGGUAUAAAUUCUUCAAGGACUACUUUGUCUGGUACUAUGGUAGAUCAUGAAUCAUGGGAGAACGUAGUCCAAGCUGCCCCGGUGAUGGCUGUGCGCCUCAACCAAACUGUCACUGUUAGACCGAAAAGUAACGACAAGGAAAAUAUUACACAUAUCUUGAACUACACCACCGCUACUAACAUGCGGAAAAAACGUAAAAUACUACCGAUUCCUAUAGAGGAUGCGCGUCCACACAAAGUGCACACACGGGAUCCGAACGAAACCACACAACCGCCUGUGUUCUCCGAGGCCGAUUUAUCGCAACUUUUCGAGCUACAGGAUGACGAGCUCCAUGACCGCGUAGCACUUAGGUACUUGCGUCAAUACGUGGGGCCUUCACUUUUCAACAUUUGUGACUUUUCCGAGCCAAAAGCGCGCCACAUAUUCUUGUUCAACUCCUCCAGGAUCGCGAUGUCUAUUGGCAAUUUUACGCUACAAAGAAUGACUGUGAUGUUGACACCGGCAAGGACUUUAGUUAGUGGCAACGAAAAGUGUUCCAAGAGAAGCUUGGAAUGUCAAGUGUUCGGGACGCGAGUGUGCAUCGACAAAACCAAUGCAUGCGACGGCGUGCCCAACUGCGGCGCUUAUGACAUAUACGAUGAAGAUAGACUGAUGUGCGGAGCUGCUGUAGGCCUCAAGCAUAAUGUAUACUUGGCUGCCGUCACAUUUAUAGCGGUUCUAUUGACGAUGCUCUAUACUGUCCAUUAUUGGCUAAAGCGCUGUGUACCCAAAGUUUCCGAAGCAUUCUUCAUUUAUACCGACAAAGCCGAGAAUAUACUGUAUCUGGAAAGUGUAAUGCGAUCUCCCCAUGAUGUAGGCGAUAAUAUUAAAACAAUGUCCCAUGAGCAUUUAUUUAUGACUGAUGAUAUAUUAUUCGAUAAAUCAACGAAAGUAACAGAUAAAAACAUCUUUACGAAAAUAUGGCUUGGUUGUGUUGGAUUCAUUACUUGUAAACACGGUAAAAAUAAAACUACUCUAGAAGAUAUAGAAAAAACUAUGAACCGAAAAAUGUAUUCGUUUACCGAAUUAGAGUUGAGGACAAUAGGGAAUAAAGAAAAGGUAGAUGUAUCUGUGCAGACUGGAGAUAGUUUGCAAAUAUCAAAUAACGAUUCUGUGGAAUUGGAACUUUUUAAAGGAACACGACAACAAGAUACUCGACAUGUCAUAAAACUUGAAAUGCCAUCGACCUCUUCUGAUUUUGAGUCUCGUAAACACAGUAUGGAACUGCAGAUUUUAAAAUUACUUAAAGGAAAUAAAUCAAAGUGUGAAGCAUCUUGUCAGUGUUACGAUAUUCCAGAAGUAAUAAGUGUUGAUGAAAUCAAAUUACAGAGUCAUAUGUAUAUCGCUGAAAGAAACGAUGAAGUAACGUCGUUGAAACCGGAAAAAGAAAUAGAAGUUAACUCUCCAAGAGUUGAGACAACAAAGCAUAUCGUUAAACAUUUGAGGUUUGAUGAAGAUCUUUUCACCAUUCCAACUAGUGAAAACGAAGAGGACGAUGAGAAUAUACACCAUGACCCCCUUGUCCCCGUUGAUAAAACUCAUAAAAAAGUGCAUGAUACAGGCAUGUCGGAGGGUGAUGAAAAAGGCGCAUGUAGAGAACACAAACGAUUCUGGCAUGCCAAAAGUAAGAAAUCAAAGAAGAAAACUCAUCUUGCACUACAUUAA